GUCCCAUUAUAGUGGCCGUCAUGUUCAAUUCCCCUUCAGAAAUAACUACGCCGCUUCACAACGGAAGUUCUCACCUUACUUUACCCUUGGCUCUCUCUUUGAAAGGCGUAAGCGUCAGGACUAGAACAGGCAGUGAGAUCCUUUCAAAUAUAGACUGGGACGUUUUACAAGGUGCCACUGCAGUGGUUAUUGGCCCUUCUGGUUCGGGAAAGACCAGGCUUGUUCGUCUUUUGAAUCGGUUGGACGAGGCAUCCUCUGGUAGCAUAGAAAUCUUUGGACUUGAUAUAAGGCAGUGGAAUCCUCGACAGUUACGCAGAAAAGUUGUAUACGUAGCUCAAACACCCUAUCUUUCUCAAAGUACAGUGCUUGAAAACUUGGAGAUAAUCUGCAAGUUAGGAGUUAUCACCAAGUCACUUUUUGAAAGAAACCUUGAAGAAGCGUUGGAAAUUGCGGGCUUCCAAAAGACUCUUCUUGGCCACUCUGUGAAUACGCUGUCAGGUGGAGAAAAGCAACGUUUAUCCGUUGCCCGAGCCCUUCUGUUGUCACCUGAAGUUCUCGUCUUGGACGAACCUACUUCUAGCUUGGACGGUUUAGGAGCACAGAGCUUUCUUCAAAGGCUAAAUCACUGGAGACAGAAGAGCAAUAGCACGCUCAUAGUUAUUUCACAUCGUUUUGCUGACUUGUCGGUCCUUGGUGGCCAGCUUCUUAUGUUGAAUAGCGGAAAAGCUGUUUUGAAAGGAGAAACGUUAACUAUUUUGAAUUCUGUUGAGGGAGAACAGGUUCGGAAGUUAUUGUCGGUGUCCAGUAUGUCUUGUCCAGAUACAGGAGCAAUACCUUUGGAUCCAGAACAACUUAUUUUUGCGGGUGGUUUUCUCAUUGCCAACAUUGUAGCUAUUCAUCUUUUGGAACUUGGUCUCGAAAGAGACAUUACUUUGGGAGGUUUUCGUGCGACUGUUCAGUUGUUAAUGGUAGGAUAUUUUCUAAGAUGGGUAUUUUUAACUCGCAAGGUAGCUGUUGUUAUGUUGGCCUUUGGUAUUAUGUUGUCAGUAGCUGUUUGGACUGCGACGCGAAGAGUGAAGCGGAAACUUCCAGGCUUGUUAUAUAAAAGUGCAGUUUCGAUUGUAAUGGGCUCUGGAGUAACUACAGUUAUGGUGACGGCGUUUGUGAUAGGUACUGAUCCUUGGUGGGAUCCUCGAUAUUUUCUUCCUCUUGCAGGAAUGAUCGUUGGAAAUGCAAUGAAUGCAGCUGCUUUGGUUUCAGAAAGAAUGGUGAGUGAGAUUGUUUCUCGUCAAGGAGAAAUUGAGGCCCUUCUGAGUCUUUCAGCGACACCUAGACAAGCAGUUGCUCCUGCAUUGCGUGCAGCUCUUCGUUCUUCCAUGAUUCCUUCUAUCAACGGAAUGAUGACUGUGGGACUUGUUUCAUUACCUGGAAUGAUGACUGGACAAAUGUUGGGAGGAGCGGAUCCUUCAGUUGCCGCAAGAUAUCAGCUCAUGAUUGUGUUUGUUUUGGCUGGAGCAACAAGUGCAGUAGCUGUUUCAUUGUCCAUAUUAUUAUAUCAUUCUUUUUUCACUUCAGCUUGGCAGCUGAGAACAGAGUUGCUCGCAUCCGAGUAAUAUUGUAGUGAAAUAAAUUUCAGUGUGUUUCUUCAUAUAUAGAAAAGAAGGCAA